UACCCCCUCGCCUCGCUUCGCCCCGGGACAAGAAGGAGUCCGUGUGCGUACUGCCUCAGUCAGUCUAGAAGUUGCGGCAGCUCACAAGGGGCACAGCUAUUCACCGUCACUCGAGUCACCCUCUCGCAACUUCAGCAUCACAAGAGGCAGAUCUAUCUAGCCCAUAGCCCCACGGGUUCCAGGUUCGGUCCCGCUGCCCGUGACCGGAGCCAUCUGAUUCCAUCGCGGCAAGGGCAGAUAGAGCGGGACCUCACUCGCAAUGGUGACAGCAACAGGCCCCGACACCUCGGCAUCGACGUCUGCCUCGACAAUUUGGGCAGCCUCGUCACUUGCGCCCCGAGGUCUGCUCUCGUCCCUUUUCCACAGCCCCGGCAGCGCCUCACCGUCGACGUCGGCACCAAACCCCUCGGGAGAGAGGAGGACGAUCUAUGGCGAGGGGGACAACGAGCAGCUGACCGACCUGAACAGACGGCCAUCAGCGCAGACCAACGACUCAGCAGCCUUGGAAAGAUCACCAUCUGCCAAGCCGCUGUCACACACAGGAAAGACCGCCGAGCAGGAGGCCGGGCAAGGCCUUGAUGCAGCUGCUGAAGCUGCAACGGCGACACUGGCGGCUCAAGCGCCGGAGGACCCCUUGUCGACGAUGGACAAGAAGAAAAAGGUCAGGGAGAAGAGGGUAUUGCCGCCCCGCAUGAGAAGAGUAUCAUCCUUACUGGCAGGGUCAGGGCUCGAGGAGCAGUUGCUUAGCGCUGCUGAACCAACCCAGAGCCAACGUAUUCUGCCCGAAGGAUGUGUAAUCAUCUUGUCGGCGGAUCCACAACACCUUGCACAGGCUUUCGAAGCUUCUCCGGAAGAUGUGGGCAUGGACAGUAUCAGCUUUUUCUCGGAUCCAGAUGUAGCUCAGGCCUGCAGGGCAAAGGCUUUGAUAGAGACUCCGGAGUUCAAGCUCCGUGACGACUCUUCACAAAUGGGCAAGACCAGAGGUGGUGCGUUGAAGUCUGAAGAGGACACUUCCGAUGCUGCUUACGAACGACGCCAUCGUCGCCCCGACAACCUCGAGAAAAAGCAGAGAAGGUUGGAGAAGGAGAGGCUCGUACGCGAUCGCCAAAAGCUGAGAGAGAGAAUUGAGCAGCUUCGCACGGUCGACCCUCGAAUGCUCGUCCCCAUCAUCGCAGCUAGGGAAAAGCAACGGCAGACUGGCACCGCUGCUACAGAUGAUCCUACAAGUAGUAGCUCGUCACUACGAGGCGCAGAAGCGGCAAUGGGGCUCGGCAAACAGCACAUGUCCGCUGAAGCUUCUGCAAAUCUACGCAAAGUGGAGCGACUGCGAAAAGAGCUGAUUGCAGAGGCUACGGAGACUCUGCUGCGGUAUGACGCAUUGCUGACAGAGACGCCCUCUGUCGUACCCAACGAGAAACGCAAAGCUGUGGAUCAACCCGCCGACAACAUGGAUGGCUCGGCUUCCGAUGAACAAUCUCGCCAACCCUCAUCCACAAGGGGUCGCUUGCACGUGACAUUGGGACGGAACAGAACUGCCUCUCGGACCGACGCGCCUUCGACAUCUCGUCCGGUGAGCACAAGCUCGCCUUCUCACCGACGUGAAGACGGGAGCGGCAAGGUCGAAGUGACCAGGAUCCACGCUCGCACGUCCGGUGGCAAAUUUGCUCCGAAGACUGCCAUUGGAAGCCCAGGCGUAGCGGCCGUCGCACCUCUCGGAUCUGCUGAUCGCGGAAGAGGCCCUGGAUCACCUUCAGAGCAUCGGCCCCGGCCGCCGCGUCCCUCAGAGCUACGUGCAAAGGCUGCCAAAGAAGCUGAAAGAGCUCGCUUGGCAGCUCUGAAGGGCGAUGUUGCGGAAUCUCCUCCUGCAGUGCCACGGACAAGUUCAACCGUCCACCGCGCAAGGCGUUCCACGUCGAGCCAAGAGCUAUCGCCUGCUCCUGCUCUUGUCGCUUUCCUAGAGCACCGUCGUCAGGCCAACAAGACUGGACCGUCCCUGACCGAACUGGAUGCAUUCGAUCGCCGCCCGCUGCGUGUCAAGUUGCGACUAGGAGCUCGACCCUCGACGUCGAGCAAAACCGGCGAGGGAGAACAAGAGGAGGCUGCUGUCAAGACUGAUGUGGCUAACUUGGCAGAGCCCGGAGGCAGACGGAAAUCGGCUGAGGAGGAGGUAGAGAACCGACUGCUUUUUGCUGCUCCUGGCGCUCUAUCACUCGAGCAAGCGCAAGCUAUGAUGGCGGCUGCGAUGGCCAGAGCCAAGGGAGAGGCGGUGUCAGAUCAGGGGGAAGAUGCCAAACCCUCCGACUCGCCCGCUGCCGGGGCAGGGAAGGGUCCUGUGGAAGAGAAGGAGACACCGGCCUCAUCGUCAAGCACUCCCAACACGGUCGCCGUGGAAGACUCAGGACCCGUCAAGGUGGAAGAAGCUGAAGCAAGUGCGAACACUACAGCAUCAGGCUCUGCAACUACGUCUCAACCUUCGGUUGAGACACUUGCACAAAAUUCCUCCUCUCCUACAAACAAGUAUGACUCGUACAGUAUCUCGCCGGCAGCUGCUUACAUGCCAGGACGAUCGGCGGCGGCCAGAGAGAGGGCCGCUGCCAACAUCCCCUUGCGGCGGGCGUCUGGACGCGUCAAGGAGCUGACCAAGGGCGCUUUUGGCGAGAAAGUUCCUCCGCGAGCGCUUGUCAGGGAGGACUUUGGCAAGUCGAUGCUAGAGCUCUAUCAAGCUUGGGGCGGCGUGACUGGCGCUGGUGACGGUGGUGCGGUCGCGACGAGUGAAGCAGUGGGGGAUAGGGACGCCAAUCAAAUGGAUCUGGAUUGAUGUAUGUAAAGUAACGACUUGUGCUACGCCUUGCAAUGUUACCUCACGCUUCCUGGACCGAGU